AAAUCAGUUGUUCAAACUAAAAAGGCAUCGGGGCUUACUUUUUCACAUCUUUUCAAGGAUGUUCUCAAAAUUCUUCAAAUCGAUUAUACUUCUUUUAAAAUAAGUGAAAAUGAAGCUGAAGCAUCACCCAAAAAGCAUAGAAGAAAAAGUUAUAUGUUUCCAAAAUGGCUUUUAGAUCUGAAAAGCCUAGCUAUCAAAAUAUCUAAAUUCAAAAUAAAUAAACUACCUUCUUGGGCUAUUUAUAAAGACACAAUUCAUAUAUCUAGCAAUGCUAGUGAUUCUAGUAGCUCUGCAAAUCUCGGUGUAUUACCAAAUUGA